AUGAACUUAGACAGUGGGUCGCCAUCGUGAAAGACGGUGUUAACGUCGAGACAUCAUUCGUAUCGUACAGUAACCCGAAUGUCAGUCGAUACAUGCAAACUCGAUGGCCAGGAUCGGAAAACUUUCCCAAUUCACGUAUCACAGAAUAUGGGACCCUUAGAAACGUAUCGCUACCUCAUGGAACACGUGGCAGAUCCUAGAGUAGCAGACUGGCUUCUAAUGGGUACUCCGUUUCCAUUAUUAGCGAUUGUAUCACUGUAUCUGGUGAUCGUUCUUCGUUUGGGUCCAUUAUACAUGAGAAAUAGAAAACCGUACAACUUGAACAAAGUUAUGAUUUUUUAUAAUAUCUUCAUGGCGAUCGCGAGUGGCUGUGUUUUUCACGGGUUACUUACUUCAGGUUACACCACAAAAUAUUCUUUGGGAUGCGAACCUCAUAUUGUUUCACACGAUCCCGAGUCUUAUCGAAUGGCUAAAUGGGUUUGGAGGGUCGUAUUGUUGAAAGUCUUCGAAUUAAGCGACACAUUUAUUUUCAUAUUAAGAAAGAAAUAUAAUCAAGCCUCAUUUCUUCACAUCUAUCAUCAUACGUCGACUGUUCUUCUUUCAUGGAUCGCGUGUAAAUUUGUCCCAGGAGGCAUGUGGACGUUUACAAUUAUGCUAAACUGCAUCGUGCACGUAAUUAUGUACACCUAUUAUCUUCUUGCCUGCUUGGGGCCAGAAAUGCAAAAGAGGAUCGCACCUUUGAAGCAAUACAUUACAGGAUUACAGAUGGUUCAAUUUAUUAUCAUGAUAUGUCACACCAUCCAAACUUUGUUACCCUCCUGCGAGCCAAAUCGAAAACCAGUGGCUUACCUCUACAUGUCUCAGAUUCUUAUAAUAUUCUAUAUGUUUUGCGAUUAUUAUAAGAAAUCAUAUUUUAGAAAGAAAGCGGACUAAUGAUGUAACGAAUAGAAUAAAUUAAGGUGAGUGAACAAAUUUUCAAUCUAUAAUUAAACUCUAAUUAAACAAACUAAUAUGUUUAAUUUAACCCUUGAACAGCGGAUCUUGUGUAUUAAAAGUGGGACUCUCUCCAUGGUCCGCCAUCCGAGGGUUAACAAGUCUAUUAUUGAUUUUAAUUGCAAAUAAUAAUCAAUUUCUGUCGAUAGAUUUUAAGAAGAAUGACACACCACCUGAAAGCCGCUGCAAACAUUUUUCAAUCUAAUUUUUAUCAUUCAAUUUUCCAACAACUUUACUUUUCUCCAAAAAAUAUAUAUUGUUCGUAGUAGAAAUCGGAAUGCAAAGACGAUAGGUAUUCGAUGUAUCGUGCAAGCGAAAUACAUUAGAACAAUACAUAUAUAUUUUGUCGAGAAUCAGGGACACGCAUGAAGGAACAGUAAAAUUUCUGUAUAUCCGAGUCAGCUUGCAUUUUGUUCGUAGGAAUGCUUUUAGCCGAAUUCUUUUUUCUUCGUAUCUGCUGUUCUCAUCCGGAUCGAAACAUAUUACAUUCUGUUUCACGUUAAUAUCGACACAGCGGUGACGUGGCUCGCGAGGAUAUAAUCAUGAUUGAGGUUUUAUUAAAAUCUGACAGACAACUGAUCAAUAUUAAUGUUACAUAUUUUUGCAGAGUAUUUUUACUUACUUAGCUUCGUUUGUUUUAAUGUUUC